ACAAAGCAUGCAGAUAGUAUUUUGUCAGUUGUUUUAAAUGGGAGGUAGUGUAUUUAGGACGAUUAAGUAUAUUUGCUGAUCGUGUUUUUCUAAUGUUUUCUAAGAUUUUUGCUAGUUUGAUGUACUGGAAAAUUGACACGUCGCGUGAAUUUUGAAUUAAUUAAUUUAUUCAUUGAUUGAAAGAUGUCAAUCUAUGCUGGUGGUGUGUCUCUCCAAGAAACUGCAGAAGUAUUGACGAAUCUUCGUAUUGGGCAGGAGAUGGAAGCAGUUGACGAUUUCUAUGAUAGCAAUACUAACACUAUGUGCGGAGCAUCACAAAAAGGUGAUUCUAAGCUACAGAGCAACAGACACGAGCGCCCCAAGUUUAGUGCGAAAAAGGUCACGAUAAAUAUUGCAGAUGAUGCAAAGUGCAAAACUACGCGUGCAGGCGCAGUUAAAGAUCUCAUGAACUGUAUAGCGUUUCAGAAAGAACCUGAUGAAUUCAAUGACGACGAAAGAACUUCGCCAGAUUUCUUGAGUACAGACACUUCGUCGGAUGUAACAGAUGUUACGCCACGUUCCACAACCAGUGGUUGUUCUUCGCUAUCAAGAUCAGAAGAAAGCAGGGAAAGCCGUAAAAAAUUUACGGAGCAUUCCCACAGUAGUGAUGCUGAAAGAAAAGAGGAGCAGAAGCCAGUACAUACACUGAGGUUUUUGAGAGAAGUAUUGGAUAGUACAAACCCCGAGACAGUUGAUCGAAAUAAUGGUGCAACACCUAAACGAAAACCUGUUAUUUGUAAGAACAUGACGUUUUCAAAGGAUCAAGUAAGAAAAAUUGAUAGAGAGAACCAAAUUUUACUAAGGAAGAUAGAAGCAAAUUUCAAUAGACGCCCAAAAUGUCCAACUACAUCAGCACCACAGCGUCCUAGGCUUUCCAGUUCAGCUGUUAAUAGACAAAGGUCACAGAAAAAAAUUGCACAAGACAACUUAACGUUACUAAAAAAAAUUGAAUGUGUUAAAAGCACCAUCAGUGCAAGAGUCAGUGUACGAAAGGUUUGACAAUUGAUUUUGUGAUUUUUGUUCGGAUUUUCCUCAUAGCCAGUGUACAAAUUACUGCAGUCAAGUGAAGAUUAUAUUUUGUAAUUUUUUGUAUUCUAGUCAAAUCCAGGAAGUAUAGGUGAAUGUACAUAUAUUUUAUACAAUAUUUUUGAAAAAUAUAUUUAUAUAUCUCACUCAUGUUUUAUCAAUUUAUGCAGAUCUGUGAAUAGUUGUUCCCUUUUUCUAAGAAAAUAACACUUGAUUGAAAAGUAUUAUACCCUGUGUAAAGAAAGUGCUCAGCAUUUACAGCCAUUUUGACUAAAUGAAUGGAUAGAGAGGAGUAUUAGAUACUAGUCAUCAAUUUCCACCAGUGACAUAGGAAACUUGCGACAAAUGUGAACAAUGUCGUAACUGUAAUGUGAUAUUGGUGGCAAUAUUUUCAAACUACUAGAUAAGUCUGUCACCACAGCCUGGUUUUUACGUUUUGUGGCUUCACUCACUCUCACAACCAAACUGGAAAUAUGCACGGAAAGAUGACAUCACAGCAGCAGCCAUUAACAUUGUCACUGGUUAAAGCUGAGUACUAGUAGUGAAUAUUCCUCUUGAUCCAAAUGAACUGUAAAAAGAAAGAACAAACAAUCAGGAAGAAAUGAGUCUGUGAACGAGUCAAUCAUAUAUUAGUAGAUAGCAAUGGUGCUACCUUAAAGUGUCUCAAAAAUAAUAGACUAAGGACCUUACAUAGACUGUUGAAAAGAUUUCAAGCUUUCAGAAUCAUCUGGAAAUUAAACCUGCCACACUGUAUAUUGUGAUUUGCUGGGUAUGAGUAUAGAUGAAACAAAUUAAUAAACUCACCCAUUCUAAUAUGUGUAUCUUGGACAGUUUUUCAUCAAGAAUACUUCCAGUUUUGAAAAUGAGUUACUCAAGUUUGUGUGUUCUUGACAGAUUAAAACUGUGUCCUGGGAUGAUAAUCAUACUCAGAUCCAUAUCUUCUGUAUUGUUGGUGCAUGUUUCCAUAGCACAGAAAACUUAUUAAGAAACAUUCACUUUUUGUGCUGUUGCCACUCAGUUGUUUCCUUUCUAAUUGGUAAGUUAACAUUUUUACAUACAACCUCUGACAAAGUUUGGCGCGAAUGAAGUCAGAACGUUCUAUCGGGUGACACUGGUGACUCGCAGCACCGCUCCUCCUGCGUAGUGCCUGGUAUGGACAACUUUCCCCCACCAUAAUUCAGUGGAGCAUCGUGUGUGUUCAGUGUUAGACUGAUGGGCGAAGUGCUUGUUUGGUGCAUUGAUUCUGAACUGACAACAGGACAAUGAACGAGCAAAGGAUCAAUUUAAAGUUUUGUUUUAAGUUUGGCAAGACACCAAAAGAAACACAUGAAAUGCUGGUACAUGUUUAUGGGGAUCAAGCACUGCCCAUGAAGUGUGUGUGCAAAUGGUUCGCCCGUUUUCGAGGAGGCCGGGAAAGUGUUUCUGACAAUCCCCAUAGCAGACGACCGGUGUCUGCUGUCGGUGACGAAAACAUAAAGUGAGGACGCUAAUAAUGAAGGACCGUUGAUUAACUGUGCACAUAAUAGCAGAUCAACUGUGAAUCCAUGCAACAAAUCCUUACCCAGCAGUUAGGGAAGAGAAAAACGUGUUGUCGGCUUGUGCCACAUCAUUUGACUGAUGAUCAGAAGCAGGCACAUUUGAGGCUUCACAUGAUUUUGUAGAAAUGGUGGAUGUGACAUAAUUUCUUGAACUGUAUUGUCACUGAGGAUGAAACCUGGUGUCUCCGGUACAGCCAUGAAACAAAGAAGCAAAGCAUGGAAUGGCAUUCUCCAACAUCACCUCAUCCGAAAAACGUCAGAGCCAAAAACUGCACAUCAGAAUGGUGGUAAUCACCUUUUGCAAUAGUCAAGGCAGUAUCCACAAGGAAUUCCUUCCUGAGGGAACAUAAUCAAAUGCUGCACAGUACAUUGAAAUUUUGACCCAUUUCAUGCAAUGUCUAUGCAGGGUGCAACCCCAGUACGCACAACAAGGUCCCUGGCUUUUUGUUCACGAUAACGCUCACCCACACACGGCCAAUAUUGACAAACAGUUCCUGGCAAAAAAAGGGGGUGGUUCAACUUGAACAUCCACCAUACAUGCCAGGUCAAUUCUCCAGACAUCUUCCUAUUCCCUUGACUCAAACUUGCUUUGAAAGGAAAGAGAUUUGACAAUAUUCCUGACAUAUGAAAUGUGGCGCAGCUUUUGAACACAGUACCUAAGGAAGACUUCGUGCAAGGUUUCCAGGACAUGUAUCACAGAGCUCAGCAGUGCAUAGUUAUGGGAGGUGACUAUUUCGAAGGACAGUAACAUAACUGUAACUCAUAGUUCUUGUACGUUAAUGUUAAUAGGACUAUUCAUCCAACUUUAUGGCCGGAGGCUGUAUUUAUCUGGUUAUCAUUCUGGACUCUGCACGUAGUCGUGUACCAAUUUUUUAUGAAGUACUCAUUUACAGAAUCAGAAAUGUAUUUGCUUCUUUAACAUUGUUUUUCUGAAAGAACUGUGUUAGAAUGUGCGUAAGAGAAUUAUUAGUAUUAUUAUUUA